GAAAUGUUGGAUAUAUUUCAACAGAUGGUCAUCAUUUUUCUUGCGAAAACCCUGCGACAAAUGUUGGCGAUUUCCAUAUUGUUUUCGUAGUUGAUAAAAGUGGCUCUAUGUCUUAUAGUGACUGUAAACCUCUUGGCCAAAAAACUCAAACAUCUCGUUUGCUGUAUAAUCAUCAAAAUCGAUUAGGCGCUGUAUAUGAAGCAGUGUAUACUUUUAUUGAAACGCGUAAAAAUUCUCGAAAAGCUACUCGCGUUGGGCUCUCAGCUAUAGAUCGGGAUAUAACUUCGCUAAUUUUGUUUGAUGAUGCGGCAACUGUAGUUUUUGAAAAUCAAAGCUUAUCUAAUACAGAACAGCUUUUAAGCAAGAUGAUGAAAUUCAAUGCAAAUGGAGGCACUUCUUUCCAUGCAGGAAUAAACAAAGCAGCUGAAAUUGUUGAAAAAUAUCACGAUCGGCAAAAAACCAACGUGAUUAUCUUCCUAUCCAACGGUGAAUGUAGUGUACCGGAAUCUGGAUUACGAAGUCUUUGCCAAAGAGAGGUUAAAAAAGGGGCCCCAUUGUAUUUAUAUACAGUUAUGUUCGGUUCUUAUGAAAACCAAUCGCUACAACAAAUGGCGGAUAUUGAAACAGAAUAUCUUCCUCGAUCUACUAGCAAAGAUGUCUUAAGAUGUCAAUAUUUAUUUGGAUUGAACGAAAUUAAACUUAUUGAGCAUUUUGCACAAGUAUCCGAAAGCUUACGUAAACAUCAACCAAUGCUCAUAAGAAAAUAA